AUGCACAAUCACCAGACGACCACCCACAAGGAGACCGAGGAUGGCGAGGCCAUUGGCCACGCCACCAAACCGCUGGAGAACCUUGACCAGGCUGAUCAGCCCGUAUCACCUGACGAGAAGGUGAUCGAGGAGAGAAUGCAGCAAGGCAGGGAAUCCAUCAUUGAGACUGUGAUGAAAGCAGUUCAAGAAAUUGACGACCGCAUCUUCAAGAUCAACGAGCGAAUCAACAAGCACAUCCCUGGAGCCCAGUGGCUGUCGACCGACGCCGAGGAUAUCCGCGAUAGGCUCGUCGAGACCAAGAAGCCGAUCGCCCAGAUGCUCAAGAACAUGACGGAGCCCGAGUCGAAUAUCGAAGGGGAUGAAGUCAUCUUGCUCGUCAGAUUCUGGGGGUUCUUGGCCCAAAGUCAAAAUAUCUGUCUAGAAGCAGAUAGAUUCUUGGGCAAGUAA